UGAAUGAGAGAGCAGCUUGUAAUUGAGUGAAGUCCUCUCAGUCCCACUCCGCGUUUCUUUUUCUUUGUUCUCGCUGUCGACCCUAUUCAUCAUUCUCUUUUCUUCCCCUUUGUCCAUCCAUCCAUUUCUUUUCCCCCCAUCACUCAUCCCCUCUAUCCUUCCUUCGUUCCUUCGCUCCUUUCCACAGCCCAGUCAAAAAAGCUCGCUCUCUUACUCUCUCUCGCUCUUUCUCGCUCUUUCUCGCUCUCUCUUACUCACUCGCACAUACACAUCACACUUCAUAUUUCACACCUUUAACUGCUCUGUUACCCACGCCCUUCUUUCUUUCCCCCUCCUUUUCCCUCCUUCGCUCUCUCUCUCUUUGCCUUCUUUUUUCUUUCGCAAGUCAUGGCCAAACAACCCAAUCAGCUUAUGCGCGAGUACAAGCUCGUCGUUGUCGGAGGAGGAGGUGUCGGCAAAUCGGCGUUGACCAUCCAGUUCAUUCAGUCUCACUUUGUGGACGAGUAUGAUCCCACUAUCGAGGAUUCUUACCGCAAGCAGUGCGUAAUUGACGACGAGGUCGCGCUGUUCGAUGUUCUCGAUACCGCAGGCCAAGAGGAGUACAGUGCCAUGCGAGAGCAAUAUAUGCGCACCGGAGAGGGAUUUCUGUUGGUGUACUCGAUCACAUCGCGCAACUCGUUCGAGGAGAUCUCGACGUUCUACCAGCAGAUCCUUCGUGUGAAGGACAAGGACUUUUUCCCGAUCAUCCUCGUCGCCAACAAAUGUGAUCUCGAGCACGAACGCCAAGUCUCCACGCAUGAGGGUCGCGAAUUGGCCAAGCAGUUCGGCUCCCGAUUGAUCGAGACUUCGGCGAAGCAGAGAAUCAACGUGGACGAGGCGUUCUACAAUCUCGUACGGGAGAUCCGUCGCUUCAACAAGGAGACGCACAGCAGCGCGCCAGCGAAUGGAGGAUAUGGAUACUCGCAGCAGGGACAGGGAUAUGGCAAUCAGAUGGAGGACAAGCACGAUAAGGGUUGCUGCUGCCUUGUCAUGUAGAAAAAAAAAAAAAAAAAAAAAAA